CCCCUUUUGCUCUUCCAGAUUCUUCCGAGGCCACUCCAUCCCAUUUUCUCCGUCUCCGGCAGCCAUGGCUAUGCUCUCUCACCGUCUCCGGAGAGCUCUCGUUACCGUCUCUUCCUCUCUCGGACGAUCCAUUUCUCUCUCCCCUGCAUCUGUCGCGCCAAGGCCCAAUCUUCCUUUCACAUCGGCGGCGUUGCUCCGCCGAACAGGGGUCGAGUCAUCUCCGGAAUUGGCUCAAGCUACGGCGAGGCUAUUCUCGACGAAGCAGUAUAAGCUUUACAAGGAAGGGGAUGAGAUCACGCCCGACACAGUGUUGUUCGAGGGAUGCGAUUACAACCACUGGCUCAUCACCAUGGAUUUCCCCAAGGAUAAUCCUCCUCCUCGCGAGGAAAUGAUCGCAACCUACGAGAGGACCUGUGCCCAGGGACUUGGUAUCAGCUUGGAAGAGGCCAAGAAAAAGAUCUAUGCUUGUAGCACAACCACUUACCAAGGUUUUCAGGCAAUCAUGACAGAAGAAGAAUCGGAAAAGUUCAGGGAUGUACCCGGGGUUGUCUUCAUAUUACCAGAUUCUUACAUUGAUCCAGUGAACAAGGAAUAUGGAGGAGACAAAUAUGAGAAUGGAGUAAUUACGCCCAGGCCGCCCCCUGUCCAAUAUGGGAGAUCAAGACCUCGUGAUAGGAAUCGAUUUGACCGGCAAGGAUCUCAAAACUUCGAAAGAAAUACACAGUAUGGUCAGCAACAGCCGAUGCAAGGCGAUGGAAGGGGCUACAGCCCUCGUCCCAAUUACCCAGCCCAACAGAACUAUGGCCCAUCACAAGGUCAGGGAAGUCAAAUGCCUCAGGGGAGUUAUAACCAAGGCCAAGGAGCUCCGGUGCCUCCACAUCAGGGAUACAACAGCCAGGGCCCACCUGGGAAUUUCGGUCAAGGGUCUCCAGCUAACUACAACCGAGGGCCACCGGGAAACUACAAUCAAGGGCCACAGGGUAACUUCAACCAAGCCCCUCAAGGAAAUUUCAACCAACGGGGCGCUGGAAAUUACUAUCCACAGAGCAGUGGAAACUAUGCGCCUCCACAAGGUGGAAACUACGCUCCGCCGCAACGUGGAAGCUAUGGCCAAGCUGGAAAUCCAGGAUACGGGCAGAAUCAAAACUAUGGCCAACCGGGAAAUCCGGGAUAUGGGCAGAACCAAACAUUGCCGCAGGGGCAACAAAGGAAUGAGGCAGGAGGUUGGACGAACACUGAUCCUAAUCCAGUCGGACAGGCUGGAACAGACCAAUUUCAAGGGGGAAGAAAUUGAGCAGACAGCAUGGUUUAGUGAGAUGACUGAAGAAGGAAACAAGGAAAAAUUGCAAGCUAUAAAGUUGGAAGAGGACCUUCUCUGUGGUAAAUAAUUGGUGGAGGUUGGGGGGCAGUAAAAUCUAAUUUUCUUGUGUUUUGGUAGUAAUUGUGGUUGAUGACUUCGACGUUUCGUUUCUUUGCGGAAACAGUGUUGGUGCUUGUCUGAUCCAUAUCUACUUUUGAUUUUAUAAAAUAUGCUGCUGCUGCU